CAUGGUUUGAGGGAAGUUAAAUUGGAGGUUGAAUCUGAUUUUCAGAUACUGGUGAUGAUGAUUAAGGGGAAGGCUGAGAUACCAUGGAAAUGCAGAAUGUUGGUAAAUAGGAUAUGUGAUUUGCUGGGAAAGGUUAAUGUUGGUAUUACUCAUAUAUAUCGGGAAGCGAAUGGAGUAACAGAUUUUUUGCUUUCACUUGCUGUCAAGACAAGAUGUUGCAAUGUUUUUACUCUAACUGGGUUGCUUGUGGAAGGGAAGCUGUUGCUGCUUCAGGACCAGAUUGGGUUACCAAUUAUAAGGAAGAAGAAUUCAAUAAUUCUUCGAAGUGUUCUUUCCCAGUAA